CGGCUGUUGUGGAGCUGUAGGGCUGCAGGCUGUGCCUCCUCACUUGCCCGGCUGUACAUGCUGCUCUUCCCCGGGCACCGAGCACACGCCGCUAAACAUGGACUAUGACUUCAAGGUGAAGCUGACAGGCGAGCGGGAGAGGGUGGAGGACCUGUUUGAGUACGAGGGCUGCAAAGUUGGAAGAGGCACUUAUGGGCAUGUGUACAAAGCCAAGCGGAAAGAUGGGAGAGAUGACCGAGAUUAUGCUUUAAAACAAAUAGAAGGUACUGGAAUUUCUAUGUCUGCAUGCAGAGAAAUUGCACUUCUGCGGGAGCUGAAACAUCCAAAUGUAAUUUCCCUACAGAAAGUGUUCCUUUCGCACGCUGACAGGAAAGUCUGGCUUCUGUUUGACUUUGCAGAGCAUGACUUAUGGCACAUAAUCAAAUUUCACAGGGCCUCGAAAGCAAACAAGAAACCUGUGCAGUUACCUCGGGGAAUGGUGAAGUCACUACUUUAUCAGAUUUUAGAUGGAAUUCACUACCUGCAUGCAAACUGGGUUUUACAUAGAGAUUUGAAACCUGCAAACAUUUUGGUCAUGGGUGAAGGUCCGGAACGAGGACGAGUAAAAAUAGCGGACAUGGGAUUUGCCCGGUUAUUUAAUUCACCUUUAAAGCCUUUAGCAGAUUUAGACCCUGUAGUUGUUACAUUCUGGUAUCGAGCCCCAGAGUUAUUGCUAGGGGCACGCCAUUAUACCAAAGCUAUUGAUAUUUGGGCUAUAGGAUGUAUAUUUGCAGAGCUUCUAACGUCGGAGCCAAUUUUUCAUUGUCGACAGGAAGAUAUCAAAACUAGUAACCCUUAUCAUCAUGACCAGCUGGAUAGAAUAUUUAAUGUCAUGGGAUUUCCUGCAGAUAAAGAUUGGGAAGACAUUAAAAAGAUGCCUGAGCAUUCAACUCUAAUAAAGGACUUCCGCAGGAAUACGUACACCAACUGCAGCCUUAUAAAAUACAUGGAAAAGCAUAAAGUAAAACCAGACAGCAAAACAUUCCACUUGCUUCAGAAAUUGCUCACAAUGGACCCAAUCAAAAGAAUUUCCUCAGAGCAAGCUAUGCAGGAUCCAUAUUUUCUAGAAGAUCCACUUCCUACUUCAGAUGUUUUUGCAGGCUGCCAGAUUCCAUAUCCCAAGCGAGAGUUUUUGACAGAAGAGGAACCCGAUGAUAAGGGAGACAAAAAAAACCAACAGCAGCAGCAAGGCAAUAACCAUACUAAUGGAACCGGUCACCCAGGAAACCAAGAUAACAGUCACGCACAAGGGCCACCUUUAAAGAAAGUGAGAGUUGUACCCCCUACCACUACCUCAGGUGGGCUCAUAAUGACCUCAGACUAUCAGCGUUCCAAUCCACAUGCUGCUUAUCAAAACCCUGGACCAAGCACAUCACAACCUCAGAGCAGCAUGGGGUAUUCGUCUACCUCCCAGCAGCCUCCGCAGUACUCCCAUCAGACCCACCGGUACUGAGCUGUACCCAAGGGAAACAACAUCACAAAGUCAAUGCACUGUUGCUUUGGCUGCAGGACUGAGCAUGUAGCUGUCUGCCUGAAGCCUGGCUUUGGAAUGUACUGUACAACCACACCUUCAAAAUGUCCAGCAGCCAAGUUACACAACAUUUCAGAGAAUGUAGACCCCCCCCCCCCCCAUGUGAAGGUUAAGAGUGCUAGCUCAGUUGGCGCAGUCGUGGAUUUGCUACUUCCAUAGUUUACUUGAAUAUGGUUCAAACUGACCAAUGCAUAUUCUCUUCAGUGAUGGUAGCAGUUGAAGCUGUGAAGUAUGUUAGGAACAAACACUUUGUUUUUCAUGGUGACUUCUCACAAUAUGAUCUGACCAAUAAGAAACGGUCUUCUCUGGUAUGGACAUUAACCAGCACGCUAAAUCGUACUGCUGUUCUGUUUGCUACACGUUUCUUUCUGUAUAGUUUUCAGGUGAUACCAGAUGAUCACCUCCAUCAGUGUUUUAUAACCAGCAAAUCUUGUUCCUCCGACACCUUCCCCCUAAACAAAAAGCAACAACGAAAAAAAAGCAACGUUUGGCCUUUAUUUCCCCUUUACGAGCCUCCCAAAGAUUCUAUUUCAGCAUAGGUUUUUAAGGACUUUUUAACUUGACUAGUAUUAAAGCUGCUAUCUGAUAUUAAAUAUACCAACCUGUUUGCAGAGGCAAACAAGGGCAACCGAUCAUCAUCAACUUUUUUUUUGUUUGUUUUGUUUUUCCCCCCUGUUGGUGUUGCUGAAUUGUGAGCAUGCUAUGGAGUUCUGACUAAAUAAAAAGCAAAAAAAAAAUAGUGAAAACAGAAAAAAAA